AGUCUACUGUAGUUUAGACUGUAGAUAAGUGAAGUUCUGUCUCGAAUCCAAAAGUAUGUUUUCUAAAUUUGUGAUUUUCGCCAUUUUAAUUCUCAUACCGGCGUGGAUAGUUUAUAAGUUUAAUAAUACGAAGCCGCCUGAGUUACCGGAAGUGGAUUUAGAGGAAUGGUGGGGACCGGGGGAGAGGAAACCUGAUGACACGAGUGUUAGGAGUUUCCGCAUCGAAUGGAGUAAGGAGAUGAUAUCCGACCUCAGACGCCGGCUAGCCAAUCACAGGCCUUUAACGCCCCCUCUCGAAGGCAUAGCCCACCAAUACGGGUUCAACACGGCGACGUUGCAGCCAAUCCUGGACUUCUGGCGGGAUGGAUACGACUUUGAAGCGAGACUGGAGUAUUUGAAUAAAUUCCCGCAGUAUAAAACGAAGAUACAAGGCCUGGAUAUUCAUUUUCUGUGGGUUAAGCCUAAGGUGCCCUCUUCAGUCCCCCCCGUCCCCCUGCUGCUACUCCACGGCUGGCCGGGCUCCGUGCGAGAGUUCUACGAAGCUGUCCCCCCGCUGACGUCAUCACGAGUUGGAUAUGACUUCAGCUUCGAGGUCGUGGUGCCCAGCCUGCCGGGGUUCGGGUAUUCUGAGGCAGCAGCCCAUCCAGGCCUCGGUCCGGUGGACAUGGCGGUGGUGAUGAGGAACCUGAUGCGGCGACUCGGGCACCGGCAAUACGUGGUGCAGGGCGGCGACUGGGGCAGCGUCGUGACUAGUGCUAUGGCUACUUUGUUCCCUGAUGAAAUCCUCGGCUACCACACAAACAUGCCGACCAACUCUGACUCUACCUACUACAUGAAGCUCAUCCUCGGAUCUCUGCUGCCCUGGUACCUCGAGCCGGUGUUUGCUGACAGAGUGUAUCCGCUGACACAGAACUUUGCUGACAGAAUGGAAGAAACCGGGUACUUCCACUUGCAAGCGACCAAGCCUGAUACUAUUGGUGUAGCCAUAUCGGACUCACCUGCGGGUUUGGCCGCCUACCUUCUCGAGAAGUUCUCCAGUGCUACCAACAUGGCAAACAGAAAUAAACAAGAUGGCGGCCUCUCCCAGUAUCGCAUGGAAGACUUGGUGGAUAUCCUGAUGAUGUACUGGCACCCCAACUGUGCGACCACCAGUUUUAGGCUCUACGCUGAGAGUUUUACUAAAAGGAGUGCGGCUUAUAGGAUUAAUGAGAUACCAACAGACGUCCCGACCUGGGCUCUCCACACGGCCAACGAGCCUCUCUUCUCUCCAGCCAGCCUCCUGACACACAAAUACCGAAAUCUUAUAAACAUCUCUCUGAUCGACGUGGGAGGCCAUUUUGCCGCGUUUGAAGUGGAGAAGGAGUUUACAGAAGAUGUGUUUAGAGCGGUUAAAGAGUUCCGGUUGUGGCAUGAGAGAAAUGAAAAUAGAAAGGGUUGAUUUGUU